UUAGUUCCACAGCCUGAAUGUUUCGGCGCCUGCGCAGAUUGGGGAAAGUUCUGGAAGACAGUGGAGCUGUCGCCAUUUUGCGGGAAGACUUGCAGCUCCGGCUGCGGUGCUGCUUUUACUGCUGAGACUCUGGAAAAUAUCCGUGCUUCGCGUCCCCAAUACACCCAAAGGAACGGCGGAAACCGGGACCCCCCCUGCGGGGACCCGGAACUGGCUAUGGGCUCUGAGGGCAACAAGGACAGCAUCAGUGGAUGAUGCAUUAGCUGCUUUAAAGAGGACAAAGGUCUUGUGGAUAUGGAAAGUCUGAUUAUGAUUAGCCUCCUUGCACAGAAGUUCUUCAGGUCUGCUACGAUGGCGUCCGAUGACUUUGAUAUAGUGAUUGAGGCCAUGCUGGAGGCUCCCUAUAAAAAAGAGGAGGAUGAACAGCAAAGGAAAGAGGUUAAAAAAGAUGGCCCUAGCAACACCAGCACGAGCAGUAGCAGCACCAGUGGGAGCAGCGCCGGUGGGGAGGCAAGCAAGAAGAAGAGGAGUCGGAGCCAUAGUAAAAGCAGGGAUAGAAAGCGCAGCCGCAGUCGGGAGCGGGACCGGCACAGGCGGAGAAGCAGUCGGAGCCGAAGUCGAGACCGGCAGCGUCGCCACCGCAGCCGGAGCCGGGACCGGCGGCACAGCAGUGAGACUCGCAGUCGGGACCGGCGGCGUGAGGACCGCGUGCGCUACAGGAGCCCGCCGCUUGCCACUGGGCGCAGGUACGCACACAGUAAGAGUCCUCAUUUCAGAGAAAAGAGCCCAGUCAGGGAGCCCAUUGAUAAUCUGAGUCCCGAGGAGCGUGAUGCCCGCACAGUUUUCUGUAUGCAGUUAGCUGCCCGCAUUCGGCCUCGGGACUUGGAGGACUUUUUCUCUGCUGUCGGCAAGGUUCGUGAUGUCCGAAUCAUCUCUGAUCGGAACUCCCGGCGUUCUAAGGGCAUCGCCUACGUGGAAUUCUGUGAAAUCCAGUGUGUGCCGCUGGCCAUUGGGCUGACUGGGCAACGGCUGCUUGGAGUGCCCAUCAUUGUCCAGGCUUCACAGGCUGAAAAAAACCGACUGGCAGCCAUGGCCAACAACCUGCAGAAGGGCAACAGCGGGCCGAUGCGCCUUUAUGUGGGCUCCCUGCACUUCAAUAUCACGGAGGACAUGCUCCGGGGCAUCUUUGAGCCCUUUGGCAAAAUUGAUAAUAUUGUCCUGAUGAAGGACUCAGAUACAGGCCGUUCUAAAGGUUAUGGUUUCAUUACGUUCUCAGACUCUGAGUGUGCCCGGCGGGCCCUGGAACAACUGAAUGGCUUUGAGCUUGCUGGCCGACCUAUGAGAGUUGGCCAUGUGACCGAGCGACUGGAUGGUGGCACAGACAUCACUUUUCCGGAUGGGGACCAGGAGCUGGAUCUGGGAUCUGCAGGUGGACGUUUGCAGCUCAUGGCCAAAUUGGCAGAAGGCUCCGGAAUCCAGCUGCCUAGCACAGCUGCAGCUGCUGCCGCCGCCGCCCAGGCUGCUGCCGCCUUGCAACUGAACAGGACGGUUCCCUUGGGGGCCCUGAACCCUGCGGCUCUGACUGCUCUGAGUCCAGCCCUGAACCUUGCCUCCCAGGCAAUCGCCUCCCAGUGCUUCCAGCUUUCCAGCCUCUUUACCCCUCAGACCAUGUAAAUCAGUGGCACAGUACACUGCCUCCCUGUGCCUCUGGGUCCUGCCACUCCCUUCUCCACAUCGACCUUUCCAUGGCGCCUUCUCCAUUUUGUGGACCAAGCCAUCCUGAGCGCAUGGACGUUGGCUCUGCGGGAAUUGGGGCCACCCUUGGACUCGGGAAGAGCUCCUGCCCAGGGCCCCAUUGGGAACAGACUCUGCUGAGCAAAGCCAUUAGUCGAAGAGGACAGAAUCUGCACCAAUUGAACACCUGUUUCUCCGCAUAUGUUGUUUUCUGGGGUGACCUUCAUUGCUCUUUCCAACCACCUCUUGGUGAUUCCUCAAUUCUUCCCCCAUUGGGAAGGCCCUAGGGCAUUAACUGAAGGAACUAACCUCUCUCCUCUUCCUAUAUCUUUUCCCUACAAUCUGUUGAGGAAAACCCUUAAGAACUCUGGUCCAAGAGGACUUUGGAGUUUGGGGUUGGGGGCAGUGAACCUUGAAGAUGUUGGCUUGCUGCUGCACAGGCCUGGAAGAUAGCGUGGACAUGCGCAUUGUGAAGCCUGCCUUAAGCCUCAGCCUGGGGCCAGAACUGCAUCUUGCUGGGAGGUGUGGGAGUGAUCUAUCCUGCCAGUGUCCUGCCAGGCAUUUUGGAUGGUUUAGGGCUGGGGCUUUCAGGAGUUCAGUGAAAGGUGGGAUACCUUUCCAAUAUCUUCCAUCUUCCUUUGUAUAGUUGUCCUUCCUCCCAGGUCCUUCCUGUGGCGCAGGGUGGAAGGACGGAGAGGAGGCUGCUACUCUCUACCAUUUCCCAUGUGCCUCUACCGUGGGUUCAACCCCAGCUAUUAAAGCUGCUCCUGUCCCCUGCCUGGGCACAUGUGAGCCCUUUUCAUUGGUUUUUAUACCCCUGUGUCUGUGUACAUAAAAUCUAUAUGUAUACGUAUGUGUGUAUAUGUAUAUGCACACACACCUGCAUAUGUAUGUACGUAUGUGCAUACAUACAUACAAACUUUGUGUAAAAGGCAAGCUCCACUGUUGUGGUGGCUUCUGCCCAUAUGUGUGUGGUCUCUGUCCGUUGGUGUGUCUGAUGUUAAUAACUUCUCAUGAGCCAGAACCGUGAAUGGUUCUAGGGAUAUAAAACAUUUGUAAUGCCUUUA